AGAGAGCGUAGAAGUUGCAAAUAGAACCUUUAUCUUUAAUUUCAGGCGAGAAAAAGAGAAUAUAGGAAUUUGCCUGAUGCUGAAGAACAAUCAAGAAAUGAGAUCCGGAAGUGGGGGAAUCCCUACAAAUCCUGCUGAAAAUCAUCAACAAUUGAAUGACGAUGAUGAUGAUGGAAGUGAACACUAGAAUAUGACCAUAAAUCAGCUUCAUUGAUUGUAAUUGUUUUUUUUUUUUUUGAUCCUCCAUUGUUUUUGCUUUUUUUUUUCGGGGGGUAAUCUGCUGUGUUCCUGCUGUUGAUGGAAUCUUUGCUAUAAACUCAUCAUGGUUAAUCAAUUCGGAUAAUUGAAACAAUUUCAUCUAUUGAAAGGUUUGGAAAUUUACUUAGUCAAUCCAGAAUUCGAGAUGAAUAAGAAAUCUAUAUCCAAGCCUACUUGCUUCUCUAAAAUGAAUUACAAUCAUUUGUACAUACUAACUAAUAUUUUCUCGAAAGUAACAUAUAUUUUUGGCUAUUUAAAUCUGUAGAACUCUUUUAAGUACAAUUAUUUAAAAAAAAAAAAAAGCUGUCAUUUGUAGGGUUUAUAAAGGGUAUAGGGUUUUAGUUGAGUGGCGAAAAUUGGGAAUUCAAGAAGGUAUGUGGGCAAUUACAAGAGGAGGGUUUUACCAGAAACUUCUCAACUUUCCCAAAACCAUCUCCCGCCCUCUCAUGGCUACCUCCAAUCUCAUUAGGGUGUCUUCCCCGGCUUACUCCACUGGCUCUCCCAACAAUGUGCCUUCUAAGCGCGUUGGCACUCACAGCGGCAGCUUUCACUGUGACGAGGCUCUUGGCUGCUUCAUGAUUUGUCUCACUACCAAGUUCUCCAACUCCGAGAUUGUCCGUACCAGAGACCCCAAGGUAUUGGAGGGUUUUGAUGCUGUGCUUGAUGUUGGAGGCGUAUAUGAUCCAAGUCGUGAUCGGUAUGAUCAUCACCAGAAAGGAUUUGAGGAGGUUUUCGGCCAUGGAUUUAAUACAAAGCUUAGCAGUGCCGGGCUUGUUUAUAAGCAUUUCGGCAAAGAGAUAAUAGCUAAAGAGCUUCAACUCGGUGAAGACCACCCGAAUGUGCAAAGAUUGUUUCUGGCCAUUUACAAAAACUUCAUGGAGGCAAUUGAUGCGAUUGACAAUGGAAUCAACCAGUUUGAUACCGACAAGCCUCCGAGAUAUGUGAACAAUACUAACUUAUCCUCUAGGGUUGGAAGAUUAAAUUUAGACUGGAUGGAUCCCAAUCAGUCACCUGAGAAAGAGAAUGAGGCUUUCCAACAAGCAAUGGCUCUAGCUGGUAGUGAGUUCUUAGAUAGUGUCCGGUUUCAUGCAAAAUCUUGGUUACCAGCAAGGUCAAUUGUGAUGGAGUGUAUUGCAGAUAGAUAUGAUACAGACCCUAGCGGUGAAAUUAUGGUUUUGAAAAGGUUUACCCCUUGGAAGCUUCACAUAUUUGAGCUCGAGGAAGAGAUGAAGGUUGAUCCUCCUAUUAAGUAUGUUCUUUAUGAGGAUGAUAGGGGCAAACGAUGGCGAGUUCAGGCAGUAGCAAUAUCUCCUGAUAGAUUUGAGAGCCGAAAGCCUCUCCCAGCUCAAUGGCGAGGCUUGACAGAUGAUGAACUCUCAAAGGAGGCAGGUAUUCCGGGCUGUAUCUUCGUCCACAUUAGCGGGUUUACCGGUGGAAAUCAAACUUAUGAGGGUGCUCUAGCUAUGGCAAGAACAGCUCUGAAGAUAUGAUCAAUCUAGGGAGAUUGAUUCCAUUUGGGUCUUUCACUCACUCAACAUGGUAUCUUAUUGUCUCACACACAACGGAUUAUCAGCUUCGACAUGCUGGUCGUUCUUGUGCUGAUGGUCGUGAAUUCUCAAACAUGCACAAAGUCCGAAUAUUUGGAAUCAAUGCUGACCAUUGAAUUGUGAAGGAAUUCAUGUCUGAUCUCUAGUAUUAGCUUUCAUUAUUUGUUAUUCCGGUAUAAUUUUAUAAUAUCCCUAUACAGAUAAUGAAACUGGGAAGGGCAUUGAUCUUAUUUUUCUAUAAUGAAAUUCUGUAACAUCCACUUUUCUUUA